CCGCGCUGAACAGAAACCCGUUUUCUUCCAAUUAUAUCUUCCAAGUUGCACUGCCUCACUGCGCUUCCCCUUGCUCUAAAACCCUAGACUCUGUCUCUCUCUUAAACCCGGCCUUCGCUUUUCCCAGCUUUCGGACAUGGAGUUUUGGGGAGUUGAGGUGAAAAGUGGAGAGCCCCUUAAGGUCUUGUCUGGUGAUGGCAUGGUUUUGCAUCUUUCUCAGGCUUGUCUUGGUGAAUUGAAAAAGGAGAAAGGAAAUGAAUCUGUAUGCUUGUUUGUGAAUGUCGAUGGAAAGAAACUUGUUCUUGGAACACUGUUCACUGAGAAAUUGCCUCAGCAACAAUUUGACUUGGUGUUUGACCAAGAUUUUGAGUUAUCUCACAACUGGAAAAGUGGAAGUGUCUACUUCUUUGGAUACAAGGCCUCUAACCCGUUUGAAGAAGAUGCCUUGCCCGAGGGAGAAUCUGAUGAUUCUGAAUCUGAGGAAAAUAUUCCACUUAGCAUUGCCAAAAAUGGGAAACCUGAGUCCAAGGCAAAGCAAGAGAAACCUGUUGAAGCUGAAAAGGCUAGUGCAGCCAAAGGAAAGGAAUCUGAUGCUGGUAAGAAAAAAGGGAAGCUGGUGGAGCCAAACAAAGAUGUAAAAUCCAAAGAAGACAAUGAAAGUAGCGACGAAGAUGUGAUGUCCGACGCUGACGAUGACUCUGAGGAUGAGGAUGACGAGGAUGAGUCCGACGAUGAAUCUGAUGAGAGCAACAAAGAGAGUCCUAAGAAGGUUGAACCAAGCAAGAAGCGACCUGUAGAAUCAGCUACCAAAACACCAGUUCCGAGCAAAAAGGCAAAAGCGACUCCCCAGAAAACAGAUGGCAAGAAAAGUGGUGGUCAUGUAGAUACGCCUUACCCGGCAAAGCAGGCUGGGAAAACUGCUGCCAACAAGCCAAACCAGCAGACACCAAAAUCAGGAGGAUCACAUUCCUGCAAGAGCUGUAAUAGGACAUUUGGUUCUGAACAAGCUCUGGAAUCACACUCAAAAGCUAAGCAUAGUGGUGGCAAGUAAUAUGAAUCACUUUGCUAACUUGACAUCGGAUUUUUGACAGAAAGUUCAGUGUUCCAAUGUGUGUAGACAAGCAGGGGGUAGGUUAUGAAGUCUACUAGUCCACGGUUUGGAUAUAUUAAUCUCUCUAGUUGGUAAUUUCUUUGGCUGCACAAAGUUGGGACUGAUUUAAUGCAUUGUCAAGUGAUAUGGUCUCUUUUACCAUUCUACUAAAUGCUUGAACCUGUGAAAGAAGUAUGCAACUGGUUCCCCGCCUUUUUGCCAUACUAUUAAUGUGGUUGUGCUGUCAUUUGGUUUUA